AAUUCUCCCCUGUACCCAGUUUGGGGUUCUCUGGCACGCGAUUACCUUUCUAUCAUGGCCUCUUCAGUCUCGAGUGAGCGUGCAUUUUCUGCAGCUGCUGAAGUUAUCACCAAACGGCGCAAUCGUCUUGGUGGAGAUGUUGUUGAGGCUAUUCAAGUGUUGAGA